CUUGCAGUCUCUUUUCGGCCACUGCUUCCCCUGAGAUCUAGCUGGUAGUAUUAAAUAGUCAAAAUGUCCACAGCACAACCAAUUUUCGCCCAGGGAGAGAACUGUAAACAAGGGUGGCAUAACGCGAGCGCAGACUACAAUGAGGCCGACACACAUCUUGAAAUUUUGGGGAAACCCGUUAUGGAGCGUUGGGAGACUCCAUACAUGCACUCUCUUGCAACGGUUGCUGCAUCUAAAGGUGGCCGGGUCCUUGAGAUUGGCUUUGGAAUGGCCAUAGCUGCCACCAAAAUCGAAUCCUUCCCAAUCGAGGAACACUGGAUUAUUGAAUGCAAUGAUGGAGUAUUCCAGAGGCUGCAGGAAUGGGCUAAGUCUCAGCCACACAAAGUUGUUCCCCUUAAAGGCUUAUGGGAAGAUGUGGUGCAAACACUCUCCGACGGUCACUUUGAUGGAAUUCUUUAUGAUACAUAUCCCUUGUCAGAAGAAACCUGGCAUACCCACCAGUUUAACUUUAUUAAGGCCCAUGCCAAGAGGCUGCUCAAGCCUGGUGGCGUACUUACCUACUGCAACCUCACCUCCUGGGGUGAGCUACUGAAAAGUAAAUAUGACAACAUCGACAAAAUGUUCCAGGAAACACAGGUGCCUCAGCUCCUGGAAGCUGGCUUCAAAAAGGAGAAUAUUAGCACCAGGCUGAUGGACAUUAGCCCACCAAAUGAAUGCAAAUACUAUGCCUUCAAUAAAAUGAUCACACCAACUGUCCUUAAAGAAUAAACUACAGAUCCCUGCUGCCCUCAUAUGCCUUAAAUUGGCUUUAGGAAUGUUAUCUGAACUAUUUCAAGCUUUAAUUGCACUAUAAGGUGUAUUUUAUAGCAAAAACCUAACCCCUUAUACAAUUGUUUUUGUGGAGCUCAUGACAUUUAAAUAAAGAAUACAGAUUGUGGAAGUACAUUCUUC